GUUUUGGACGCGGUGCCGGAGAAGGUCCGCUUGCGCGGAGCGCAUUGCAGGGCCGAACCGCAGCCAGAAAAACGCUUCGACGCGCUGCGACGAUCUGUCUGAGCAGUGUCUGCCCCCGUGCGCCACCUGAUCCAUUCCAGAGAUUGACCUCUCUGGUGACUCUCCGGCCGACGCGAGCCCGUCUGCCGCGCCAGCGACCGUAAGACUGCGCCGCCAGCACCGCAGCAAUCAUGGCCGACGUCGAGGACCUCCGCAGCGCCAGCGAUGACGAAGCAGAGGAGUCCGAAGAUGACUACGCGUACGAAUCCGAAGCGUCGACCGACCCGGUAGCCGACGCCGGCGACCAGCUCGACGUCGACGUCGCCCGGUGUUGCGCGCGCUUCGGCGACGAGAGCGCGGAGCGGUCGACGACGAAGGGGAGCCGGACGCUCAUCGUGACCCUCAAAAUUGAUCCGACGCGGUCGCAAGCCUCGGCGGAGACACGGCAAGCUUGGGGAUUGACCGCGCCGCUCUCCGCAAAGCUCGUGUUCUCGGGUGGCGCGACGCAGUACGCGUCCGGCUACUGCGACGCUGGCAUCACAGUCACGGCCCCCGAAGGCUGCAUCGUCGGGCGGCAGGUCGAACGGCUGCUGGAGGCUUUUUGGCGCUCGCCCCUGCACAAACGACAACGAGAUACCGAGGGCUUGCUUUACGCAACGCUCGCCUACGCAAAUCAGAGAAUGGGCUCCUUAGCGGACGUCUGUGCAAUAUGUGAUGCCCCUCUAGCGUUCGGAGAAGCCUCGAUCCUGCCGUCGGUAUGCGGGCGGCCCCUGUGUGCCCACCAGCUCGAGACCUUUGGGAAGCUGCUCGUCGGCGCGACGUGCCUCGCGGCCCGCGCCGACGUCCUCGACCUGCUCGUCGCGACGACUCGGCUCGCCGCGCGGUCGCGGCGCGCGGCGGACAUCCUGCAGCCGCCCUGCGUCCUCGACGGCACGAGCGUCGGCGCGGCCGCCGCGGCGAAGAUUUUGGACCGCUUCCCGUCCUUCGAGCGCAUCCACGAGACGGCGCGGAACGACGGCCAGUCGGCCGCCGGCUUCGCGGCGGUGGAGGGCGCUUUGCUCAAGGUCGAUAAGCAAGCGCCGGCGGCCCUGCGCUGGAUCAUGACGUCGAACAAGGCUCAUUUGGUUGCGCUGCCGCCGAAUAUGCGGUUGCUCGAGCGCAUCGCGCCGGAAGCAACGUGCCGCCAGUUUAUUAUGUUGAGCCAGCCGCCGGCGAGGCAAGCUAGGUUCGCGGCUUUGAAGGCGCGGCACGGCAGCAAGUUCGCGUGGCACGGCUCGCCGGCCGAAAAUUGGCAUUGUAUCUUGCGAUCCGGCCUGCGGUCGGCGUCGGGCACGAAAUUGCAGCUCCACGGCGCCGCGCACGGGGCUGGCGUGUAUGUCUCGACGUCUCUGUCGUAUUCUAUUCGCUACGCCAUGUCCGCCCGGCGCCAGCACCGCGGCGCGCUUCCGGGACGCGCCGGCGCCGCGGCUCCGGAACCCGAGACGCCGCAGUUCAACGAUUCCUUCUUCGGGUCGCCGGACCUGAGGAUUAUUGCGUUGUGCGAGGUGGCUGAAGUUCCUGGAAUUACCAAGAGUGCCAACAUCUGGGUGGUCCCCGACGAGGACGCGGUCGCGACGCGGUUCCUGUUCGUGUAUCGGGGGGAGGCCCUGCAGGCGCGCGACGCGGCUGGCGAGAACACGCUCGCGCCGGCGUUUGAUCGGGAAGUCCGGGCGCGCGUCGACGCCUUGAAAAGUGCGCGGCGGCCCGUGACGCCCGCGCCGCGAACGGAGCCGCCCCCGCCGCCGGAGCUGCCGCCCGCGAAGGCCCAGCGGACUCAAGGUCCCCCGGGCGCGCCGCCGAAGUGGCUGGGCAAGACCGGGGUUCCUCGCAUCAUGAGCGAGUUCCAGUCGUUGCGGAAGUGGGCGUCGGCCCCGCGCGUUCAUGAUCUGGAACUCGUCGGCGACGCGGCGACUACGUGGCGCUUUUCCGUCGCGGACUUCGACGGUGACUGCCCGGCUGGCCGUGAUCUCAACGGAGACCUGGCGCAGCUGCGCGUUCCGAUCCGCAUGGAGAUCACGUUUCCCUCGGAUUACCCGACGCGGCCGUUCUUCCUGCGCUGCGUCUCGCCGCGCUUCUGCUGGUACACGGGCCACGUGACCGCCGGCGGGGCCAUCUGCAUCGAAGCUUUGACAACUUCCGGAUCGCCCGGGUCGUGGAACCCGUCCUUAAACGUCGAGGCGAUCCUGCACACGGUGUUCGCGAACUUCCUCGACACGACGUCGCAAUUGAUACGCACGGCCACGGGGCCGGGCGGGCGCUCGGGGCCGCUGCGCGUCGACCUCCAGCGCCGCUACUGCCGCGACCCGCUCCAGGAGUAUACUGUGCACGAGGCGCGGUCGGCCUUCGACCGCAUGCUGCGGCACCACGCGGCGAACGGGUGGUGAUUGUUCCCCUCUCCCCUGUCCUAAUGAAGACGUGUAUA